AUGCGUGCCUCUGUCACCACUCUCGUUGCCGUCCUGGCUGGACUGGGGCUUGCUGCAUCUGCAGAACAGCACGAAAAGAGGCAGUCAUAUGGCUAUCCGGCCAAUGGCUAUGGUCAGCCCAGCAACCAAGGGUACGGCUACGGAAACCAAGGGUACGGCAACCGAGGGUACGGCAACCUAAGAUACGGCAACCGAGGGCAGUACCGCCAAAGGAACUACAACCAAGGGAACUACGGCCAAAGGAACUAUGGCCAAUGGAACUACGGCCAACAGAGCGGCGGCCAACAGACCAGCGGCCAACAGACCAGCGGCCAACAAACCAGCGGCCAACAAACCAGCAGCAAAGCGGACGAUGGCGGUAAUGACAGCGCCUCAGGCAACAACCAAUGGAACGGCCGAAGCGACGACCCCAUAUGUGCUAAAAACCCCCGUGUGUGCGGCAUGACGAUUGACUGA